UUCUAGGAUUCCCCAAACGUGUUUUCUUGAAUCUCUGCAAUGGCUAGUGGCUUCAGACUCCAGAAAGGUUGCGCCUUUUUCACUUUCUCCUGUUUCUUGCUUCUUCGCUUUUCUUCAUUUUGUUUAGCAGCCAAAAGAAUUGAACCGGGCAAGGUGAUCAGAGACGGAGACACCAUUGUUUCCGGCGACAAAAAGUUCGCCCUGGGAUUCUUCAGUCCGCCGGGGACGACUAAAAGGUACGUCGGAAUUUGGUACAAUGGGAUUCCGUCGGAGUCGGAGUCGGUUAUUUGGGUGGCCAAUAGGGAGAACCCAAUAGGCGACAAGAAUGGAGCUUUAACCAUCAUAAACGACGGGAAUUUAGCGGUUUUAGAUGGAGAGAACAACGUUGUAUGGUCGACUGGUGUGUUUGUACCAUCCAAGAAAUCCUAUGCUGUCCUGUCGGACACUGGGGAUCUUGUUCUUCGGCGUGCCGACUGGAAUGGGAAUGGGAAUGGGAAUGGCCUUAAAUCGGUUUUGUGGGAGAGCUUUUCACACCCCACAGACACAUUCUUGCCGGAAAUGAAAGUGUACUUAAAUUCAUCAGUUAUAGAGCAGAAAAUCCUGACUUCUUGGACCAAUCCCAGCGCCCCUUUUCCUGGGAAAUUCUCACUGGGAAUUGACACCCAGAAACCACCACAGAUUGUGGUGUGGGAAGGGGGGAAACGGCGGUGGAGAAGCGGGCAUUGGAAUGGACUGGAGUUCCUAGGUGUUCCCAGUAUGAGAGCUGAUUACCUCUAUGGUUUCAAGCUUUACAACGAAGGCGAUGGCCGAAGGGUCUAUUUCACAUACACCUUGCCCAAUACUUCUGAUUUGGUACAUUUCAAGAUAGUUUGGAAUGGGAAUGAGGCUAAAGAAAGGUGGGAAGAAAGCGUGGGGCAAUGGAGAACAAUCCAAAUGCAGCCUUCUAGCAUUUGUGAUCUGUACAACCAGUGUGGCAAAUUCGCGAGAUGUGAUGUUUCUAGCUCGAGUAUUUGCAAGUGCAUAAAAGGGUUUGUGCCGAGUGAUCCGAGCCAGUGGAGUGUAGGGGACUGGUCAGGGGGGUGCUCAAGGAGGACUGAAUUGCAGUGCCAAAGAAAUAAUGGCAGUGGUCUCGGGAAGGAAGGGUUCCUUAAGGUGGAUAACAUCAAAUUGCCCGAUUUUGCAGAAAUAGUCGAGAGUGCAGGGAGUGACUCGACCUGUGAGAGGAAAUGCCAAGAGGAUUGCUCGUGCACCGCUUAUGCUUUCGUGAGUGGAAUCCCCUGCAUGAUUUGGAGACGAGACUUGGUUGAUAUGCAGCAAUUUGGCGACGGUGGGAGCACUCUUUUCAUUCGUGUUGUUCGUGAUGAAUUUGCAGGUGAUAGGACAAGGAAUGCCUUAAUUGUUAUAGUCUCAGUUGCAGUAGCUUUGAUCUUCAUUGUCAGCUUGUCGGUUUGGUAUCUAUUUACUCGCAAAGCUAAACUCCAUGCAGCAAGGAGGAACUGUGAGAAUCGAAGACCUAAUCAACUCGCUAGUGGGGAAUUCUUUACGGAUUUAUCAGGGAGCGGUGAACCGCCACGAGGAACUACAUCGGCCUUGGCGUUUUUCAGCUUCAGCAGUAUGGCUGCCGCUACUAACAACUUUUCGCACGAAAACAAGCUUGGACAAGGUGGAUUCGGGCUCGUUUACAAGGGUAUACUACCAUGUGGUCAAGAAAUUGCUGUGAAGAGGCUUUCGAGAAAGUCUGUACAAGGCGUUCAGGAGUUCACUAACGAACUCACGCUAAUCGCCAAGCUGCAACAUCGAAACCUCGUCAAACUUCUGGGCUGCUGCGUUGAAGGAGGAGAAAAGAUGCUACUCUAUGAGUUCAUGCCGAAUAAAAGCUUAGACUCGUUUCUGUUUGAUUCCUCAAAGCGUCCCGAGUUAGACUGGAGUAAAUGCUUCAAGAUUAUCGAAGGGGUUGCGAGAGGGCUGCUUUAUCUCCACCGCGAUUCGAGGCUUCGAAUAAUUCAUCGGGACUUAAAGGCGAGUAAUAUUUUGCUGGAUGAAGAGAUGAACCCGAAGAUUUCGGACUUUGGUAUGGCCAGGAUAUUCGGUGGGAACCAAAAUGAAGCAAAUACAAACAGGGUUGUAGGGACAUACGGCUACAUGGCUCCCGAGUAUGCAAUGGAAGGCCUAUUUUCCGUCAAAUCAGAUGUCUACAGCUUCGGAGUCCUGCUAUUGGAGAUCAUUAGCGGGCGAAGGAACACCAGUUUUCGCUCUGGCGAGCAUUUGGGCAUUAUCGGAUACGCAUGGGAUCUAUGGGACGAAGGAAAACCGAUGAACCUAAUGCACCCUUCCCUCUCCGAUUCAUGUGUGCCCGAAGAAGUGUUGAGAUGCAUACAUCUAGCCCUGCUUUGCGUGCAAGAUUUGGCGGUUCACAGGCCGAACAUGUCAUCCGUGGUGUUGUUCUUGGAGACCGAUAAUCUCACUCUCCCGUUGCCAAGGCCGCCUACUUAUACCUCGAUGAGAAGAGUUUGCGAGACUGAGGUGUGGAAUCAGACCGGUGAUAUCCCGUCUUUCAACAAUAUAACCAUCAGAAAAACGACGGUUAUCAGAAGCCAUUAAACUAGGCUGAAAGAAGCGU